GAGAGACGCGGCGUUUAGAUUCCAACGUCCCCUUCGGUGUUCACCGGUCUUCCUGUCGAUCUGGAGGUCAGACGGUCGAGGAAUACUUAGGCUUCGAAUCUGGUCGAGGCUGGCUUUGUAUACUGUAAAGCUCAAGACUUCCCUCGAAGAUUGCAAAAUUAAACGAGUUGAAUUUCUACUCCACAACUUCCAGUCUAAAUAACCCUCGAAAUGGCCGGAAAGCUGUGGUCCAUGUCCGAGGUGCCUGUGAGGCCUCUUGGUCUUUACGAUCCCUCCUUUGAGAAAGACGCCUGUGGUGUGGGGUUUAUAGCUGACCUAACCGGAAAGUAUAGCCAUGAAACAGUUAACAAUGCGUUGCAGAUGCUGGAAAGGAUGGCUCAUCGUGGUGCUUGUGGUUGUGAGGAGAACACUGGAGAUGGAGCUGGCAUCCUUGUAGCUCUUCCACAUGAUUUCUUUAAAGAGGUAACCAAGAAUUUGGGGUUUGUGCUGCCGCCACUUGGUGAAUAUGCUGUUGGCAUGUUCUUCAUGCCAACUGAUGAUAUUCGUCGAGAGAAGACCAAAACUGCUUUUACUGAGGUUGCGGAAACCUUAGGACAUGAUAUUCUAGGCUGGCGCCGAGUACCAAAAGAUAAUACAGAUCUUGGUCAGUCUGCUCAGCGGACAGAGCCAAUCAUUGAGCAGGUUUUUGUUACUCCAAGUCUGAAAUCAAAUGCCGAUUUUGAGCAACAGAUGUAUAUACUACGGAGGUUCUCAAUAGUUACGAUUCGAGCUGUUCUUAAUCAGAAGCGUGAUGGUGUCAAGGAAUUCUAUAUAUGCUCAUUGUCUUCAAGGACAAUUGUUUAUAAAGGUCAGCUGAAACCUAUUCAACUGAAAACAUAUUAUCAUGAAGAUCUUGCAAGUGAAAAAUUCACAAGCUACAUGGCCAUGGUCCAUUCCCGCUUCUCCACGAACACAUUUCCUAGCUGGGAUCGUGCCCAACCUAUGCGUGUUUUGGGUCACAAUGGCGAGAUUAACACAUUACGAGGAAACAUAAAUUGGAUGAGGGCGCGAGAGGGUCUCUUAAAGUGCAAGGAGUUGGGCUUAUCAAAGGAUGAAAUGAAAAAAUUGCUACCGAUUGUCGAUGCAAGCUCGUCUGAUUCUGGGGGAUUGGAUGGUGUUCUUGAGCUCUUGGUUCGUUCUGGUAGGAGCAUGCCAGAAGCUGUCAUGAUGAUGAUACCUGAGGCAUGGCAAAAUGACACAAACAUGGAUCCUGAAAGGAGGGCUUUCUAUGAAUAUUUCUCAGCUCUCAUGGAGCCCUGGGAUGGACCUGCUCUUAUAGCAUUUACUGAUGGUCGUUAUCUUGGAGCCACACUUGAUCGGAAUGGAUUGAGACCAGGUCGGUUCUACAUUACAAACACUGGCCUUGUUAUCAUGGCCAGUGAAGUUGGUGUUGUAGAUGUCCCUCCAGAGGAUGUAGCUAGGAAAGGAAGGCUCAACCCAGGAAUGAUGCUAUUAGUAGAUUUUCAACAAGGUGUUGUCGUCGAUGAUGAGGCACUGAAGAAACAGUACUCACAAGCCAGGCCAUACGGGGAGUGGCUUAGGAGACAAAAGAUUUGUCUUGAUGAGAUUGUCAGUUCUAUCACCAAAGACGACAUGGUUCCCCCCAAUAUCUUUGGAGCAGUACUGAAUGACUAUGAGAACAAGGAAAAAGUGGGAAUCAGUGGUAUACUGACUCCACUUAAGGCCUUCGGCUACACGGUAGAAGAUCUAGAUAUGUUGUUGCUGCCUAUGGCAGCAGAUGGUAGUGAACCUCUUGGAUCAAUGGGAAACGAUACUCCUUUGGCUGUGAUGUCAGUUAGAGAGAAUUUAACAUUUGCAUACUUCAAGCAGAUGUUUGCUCAAGUGACCAACCCUCCAAUUGAUCCAAUCAGGGAGAAAAUUGUUACAUCUAUGCAGUGCAUGAUUGGUCCAGAAGGUGAUCUCACUGAGACCGCCGAAGAACAAUGCAACCGCCUGUCCUUGAAAGGGCCCCUUCUUUCCAUUGAAGAAAUGGAAGCUAUAAAAAAAAUGAACUACAGAGGUUGGCGCAGCAAAGUGCUCGACAUCACAUAUCCAAAAAGACAUGGCAGAAAAGGUUUACAGGAGACCUUGGACAAGAUAUGCUCUGAAGCUCGCGAAGCUAUACAUGAUGGCUAUACAACCAUAGUAUUGUCUGAUAGAGGAUUUUCAUCAGAGAAUGUUGCUGUUAGUUCUCUGCUGGCAGUUGGUGCUGUUCAUCAGUAUCUGAUCUCAACACUAGAGAGAACACUGAUUGGGCUGAUAGUGGAAUUUGCUGAGCCUCGCGAAGUGCAUCACUUUUGUACACUGGUUGGAUUCGGUGCAGACGCCAUAUGCCCAUAUUUGGCAAUUGAAGCAAUUUGGCGAUUGCAGAUUGAUGGAAAGAUUCCAGCAAAAGAUGGCCUUGUUGAGCAGUACUUUAAAGCUAGCAACUAUGGGAUGAUGAAAGUCAUAGCCAAAAUGGGGAUAUCAACUCUUGCAUCUUACAAGGGUGCACAAAUUUUUGAAGCUGUAGGUCUGUCAUCUGAGGUGAUUGACAGAUGCUUCAAGAGAACACCGAGCAGAGUCCAAGGUGCAACAUUUGAAAUGCUUGCUGGAGAUGCUCUUCGUCUUCAUGAAACAGCAUUUCCUUCAAGAGGAUUGUCUCCUGUAAGUAUAGAAUCAGUGACACUUCCUAAUCCUGGGAAGUACCACUGGAGAAAAGAUGGCGAAUUGCAUCUCAACGAUCCCCUUGCAAUUGCCAAGUUGCAAGAGGCAGCCAGAUCCAACAGUGUGGCUGCAUACAAAGAAUAUUCAAGGCUCAUACAGGAACUUAAUAAGGGCUGCAACUUGCGUGGUAUGUUGAAGUUUAAAGAUGUGACUGAGAAAGUUUCCUUAGACGAAGUGGAACCUGCUAGGGAAAUCGUGAAGCGUUUCUGCACAGGUGCUAUGAGUUAUGGUUCCAUAUCAUUGGAAGCACACUCAACUCUGGCCAUUGCGAUGAACAAACUCGGAGGCAAAUCAAACACUGGUGAGGGAGGAGAACAACCUUCACGCAUGGAGCCGCUUCCAGAUGGUUCAAACAAUCCAAAGAGGAGCGCAAUUAAACAAGUGGCAAGUGGAAGAUUUGGUGUCUCAAUCUACUACCUCACAAAUGCUGAUGAACUUCAGAUAAAAAUGGCACAGGGUGCCAAACCAGGUGAAGGGGGUGAACUGCCAGGACACAAGGUCAUUGGUAAUAUCGCGGUCACUCGAAAUUCGACAGCAGGUGUCGGGCUCAUUAGUCCUCCUCCUCAUCACGACAUAUACUCAAUCGAGGACCUCGCGCAGUUAAUUUUUGAUCUCAAGAAUUCAAACCCAAAGGCUCGAAUCAGUGUCAAGCUAGUUUCUGAAGCUGGUGUUGGAGUGAUUGCCAGCGGGGUUGUGAAAGGGCAUGCAGACCAUGUUUUGAUUUCCGGCCAUGACGGCGGUACCGGAGCUUCACGAUGGACUGGAAUUAAGAAUGCAGGGCUUCCCUGGGAGCUUGGACUGGCUGAAACUCACCAAACUCUGGUCGAGAAUGGCCUUCGUGGCCGAACAGUCUUGCAAACUGAUGGUCAGCUGAAGACUGGACGAGAUGUCGCCGUAGCUGCCCUCCUUGGCGCAGAGGAGUUUGGUUUCAGCACUGCUCCUCUCAUAACUCUCGGCUGUAUCAUGAUGCGAAAAUGCCAUAAGAACACUUGCCCGGUUGGAAUUGCCACCCAAGAUCCAGUCCUCCGUAAAAAAUUUGCAGGAGAACCUGAGCACGUCCUUAACUUUUUCUUCAUGCUGGCAGAGGAAGUGCGCGAGAUCAUGGCACGGUUGGGCUUUCGAACUGUCGACGAAAUGGUCGGGCGUGCGGAUAUGCUAGAGGUGGACAGAGACGUCAUCCUGAGGAAUGAAAAAUUGAACAAUAUCGAUCUCUCACUGCUGCUUACACCGGCAGCUGAAAUCAGGCCUGGAGCUGCUCAGUACUGCAUUCGGAAGCAGGAUCAUGGCCUGGACAUGGUGUUAGAUCAGCAACUCAUUCGAUCAUCGAGACCUGCUCUGGAUGAAGGUUUGUCUGUGUACAUUGAGGAGAAAGUUUCAAAUGAGAACCGCGCCGUUGGUACCAUGCUUAGUCACACAGUCACUAGGCGUUAUCAAAUGGAAGGAUUACCUCCGAACACAAUCCAUAUCAAGCUAAAUGGCAGUGCUGGCCAGAGUCUCGGGGCUUUUCUCUGCCCCGGCAUUACAAUUGAACUCGAAGGAGACAGCAACGACUAUGUCGGGAAGGGGUUAUCCGGUGGCAGCAUUGUAGUCUACCCUCCUAGAAACAGUAAGUUUGAUCCAAAGGAAAACAUAGUCAUUGGCAACGUUGCUUUGUAUGGAGCCACAAAAGGGGAGGCGUAUUUUAACGGAAUGGCGGCGGAGAGGUUCUGCGUCCGCAACUCCGGUGCUCGAGCAGUCGUCGAAGGUGUUGGCGAUCAUGGAUGUGAGUACAUGACAGGAGGUACUGUGGUUGUGCUCGGGAAAACUGGAAGGAACUUUGCAGCUGGAAUGAGUGGCGGAAUUGCUUAUGUUCUUGAUGUGGAUGGAAGGUUUAAAAGUCGAUGCAAUCUCGAACUGGUUAACCUUUACAAGGUUGAGGACGAAGAGGACGUCACGACAUUGAAACAGAUGAUACAACGACAUCAACAGCACACCAGAAGUGUGCUUGCAACGGAGGUUCUUUCCAACUUUGAUAGAUUAAUGCCAAUGUUUGUUAAGGUGUUUCCUAAAGAAUAUGAGAAGGUUCUUCUACGAUCGACUGAAAAUAAAGAAGAAGAAACAUUGACGGAAAAAGAUGCUAAUGAAGAAUCUAAGAAGGAGAAAGUUCCAGUGUCAGCAAACCGGCCAACGCAGGUUGAUAAUCCUAUCAAGGAUGGUGGUUUCCUUAAAUAUGAGCGUCAGGGUAUUUCAUAUAGAGAUUCUAAUGAUCGGAUAAAAGAUUGGAAAGAAGUUGCUACAGAAUUGAAACCUGGACCACUGACAAAAACUCAGUCUGCUCGUUGCAUGGACUGUGGAACUCCAUUUUGUCAUCAGGACAACUCUGGCUGCCCUCUUGGAAAUAAGAUACCAGAGUUUAACGAUCUUGUCCAUCAAAAUAGGUGGCAUGAAGCUUUGGAUCGUCUCUUGCAAACAAAUAACUUCCCUGAAUUUACUGGCCGAGUUUGCCCUGCGCCCUGUGAAGGUUCUUGUGUCCUCGGGAUUAAUGAGAAUCCUGUAUCCAUUAAGAGCAUAGAAUGUGCCAUCAUCGAUAAUGGAUUUGAGCAAGGAUGGAUGACACCUCGACCACCACUUCUGAGAACUGGGAAGAAGGUAGCCAUCAUUGGCAGUGGCCCAGCUGGUCUAGCGACUGCUGAUCAGCUUAAUAAAAUGGGUCACUCGGUAGCCGUUUAUGAGCGCGCUGACCGCAUAGGGGGCUUGAUGAUGUAUGGAGUUCCCAACAUGAAGGCAGACAAGUAUUACAUUGUUCAACGCCGUGUUAGUCUAAUGGAGGAGGAAGGAAUUAACUUCGUGGUCAAUGCAAAUGUUGGAUUAGAUCCGUCGUACUCCGUUGAUCAUCUCCUUGCCGCGAACGAUGCCAUUGUGUUGGCUUGUGGAGCUACAAGACCAAGGGAUCUAAAAGCUCCCGGAAGGGAGCUCUCUGGCAUUCAUUUUGCCAUGGAGUUUCUUCAUGCAAACACCAAAAGCUUGCUGGACAGCAAUUUGGAGGAUGAUAAAUACAUCACUGCCAAGUGCAAGAAGGUAGUUGUGGUCGGGGGAGGAGAUACAGGAACUGAUUGUAUUGGGACAGCCAUUCGGCACGGCUGCUCCAGUAUCAUAAACUUGGAACUCCUCCCUCCGCCACCUCGAAGAAGAGCACCUGAUAAUCCAUGGCCCCUGUGGCCUAGGAUCUUCCGAAUAGACUAUGGUCAUCAAGAAGCAGCCACCAAAUUCGGAAAAGAUCCAAGAUCAUAUCAGGUCUUGACAAAGAGAUUUGUAGGAGAUGAAAAUGGUGUGGUGAAAGGCCUUGAGGUAGUUAAAGUUCACUGGGAAAAGGAUAGCAGUGGGCGAGUCCAGUUCAGGGAAGUUGAAGGUUCUCAGGAGAUAAUUGAGGCUGAUCUGAUCCUAAUAGCAAUGGGUUUCCUGGGACCAGAAUCGACGCUUGCCGACCAACUUGGGCUGGAGCGAGACAACCGAUCAAACUUCAAAACAUCUUUGGGACGUUACUCGACCAAUGUCGAAGGAGUCUUUGCUGCUGGUGAUUGCCGGCGCGGCCAGUCACUGGUUGUCUGGGCCAUCAAUGAGGGCAGACAAGCAGCAUCGGAGGUAGACAAGUACUUGAUGAGAGAUGAGGCCUAAGUGGCAGACCACAGCACUGAUGCUGGUGCUCUACAAUGUGGAAAUUUAAGCAGUAGGUCGCUAGUGAGUUUCCUCAGUCGUGUAAUUUGGGGUAGUUAAGGUGUGAGAUUGACAUAUGUGCAUAUGAAAGUAGUUUUUUUGUUCUUCUUCUUGUGCCCUUUCUUGUGCUCGUGUUGCUUUCUGUUUGCUGUUCCAAAGUUGUAUUGUUCUCUGGGGGGUUUCAAAUAAAGAAGGCAGAAAUUGA